CUAUCAUUAACUGCGGUGCCUCAUCCUCUCGGUGAAAUAUUAUUCUCUUGAACUCCAGCUUGGGAAUCGAUCUACAGACCGGCUUACGUAGACGUAGAGUCUGGUUAGAUGGGCCGCGGACUUGCGUAUCUCGAUAGAUUCGAUGUGCAUAAUAUAAGGAUGGAUUUCCACACUCAUGCUUUCUCACUCUAUAGCCUGUCUAAUAGUUACAUGCCAUAAUAGGUCUUAAUUAAGGUCAGCAUGAUGCUCUCUAAAUCUAUACUCUUCACCCUGGCUCUGGUCAGCAACGUGCCAGGCUCAUUAGCGCAUUGGACCUAUAGCCGACUAGUCGUAAAUGACGAGGUCGUCGGCGAGCCGUGGCAAUACAUCCGGCACCACAAUAACUCCAACGCGCCUCUUACAGAUGUGAACUCAACGGAUUUCCGGUGUAACUUCAAUGCGCAAACUGCGGAAACAUACACGGUGCGCGCCGGCGAUAAGAUUGGUUUCGGCAUUGACGAGCACUUCGGUCACCCGGGAAUCCAGCAGGUAUAUCUAUCCCGGGUCCCUGAAAGCAGUACGGCGGCGAAUUAUGAUGGAUCCGGAGGUUGGGCUAGGGUAUACUCGCUCACGACGGCACCCGCUAAUUCUACUAAUUCGUCGUCCACCACAGGAAAUGAGGGCGAUGAUGAGGUGGUGACAUGGGCGACUCAUAACAUCCAGUCCUUCCAGCUCCCACUACCGGCCACUACCCCGCCGGGCGAGUACCUUCUCCGAGCAGAGGGUCUUGCCUUGCAUGCAGCGCAUAAAUGGGCAUGCGCUCAAUUCUAUGUAUCCUGCGCACAGAUUAAAGUAGUUGCCAGCUCUAACAUCGGGGGCAAAGGUGAAAGUGCGGAAUUCGGACCGCUUGUUAAGAUCCCGGGUGUAUACAAGGGAGACGAGCCCGGAGUGUUGAUCCCGGUAUUUUGGUCGUCCCUUACAAAUUACACUACUCCGGGCCCGGCUCUAUGGCCGGAAGGAACGCAGGAACAGCACGUGGUUGAGCAGCUUUAAGGUUAUGUUAUCUAAAAAUAUCCGUCGUUAAGGGAGUUCCCGGGGCAAAGGGGCGAGGGGCGAGGGGUAAUCUUAGUGUAUGUAGAAG